GAAGAGGAUACCUUACUCAAGGUUAUGAUCAAUGAGCUUUCCGAAAAGUGGAAGUGGCCUGCUGAAAAUGGGUUUAGACCCGGGUUCUUCACACACUGUGAGGUCGAGUUGGCAAAGUUGUUACCAGAUGCACACAUUAAGGCCAAUCCCCACAUUGACUCAAAAGUAAGGUAUUGGAAACAAACAUACCAUAAUAUACUUGAUAUAACUGGUCUUAGUGGGAUGAGUUGGGACCAUACCAACAAACGCAUUGUGGUCGAUGACCCAACGGUGUGGGCGGAGUACGAAAAGGCCUAAUCAAAAAAGGCCAAAGGCAUGAACAUGAAGCCAUUCCCAAUGUUUGAUGAUUGGGUUGUCCUCUUUGGAAAGGAUAGGGCAACGGGGGAGGGUGCAAAGGAUCCGGUGCAAAUGGCAAUGCCGGAUGUAUUUGGUGGACCGGAUGAUGUUUACAUGCCCCACUUUGGUCCAGAAUUUGACGAUUCAUUCUUCAAUGAAACCCCUUCCACUUCCACCCUUACUCCCACACGUCCGAACUCCUCACCUCCGGCCUCCACACCUCCGACCUCCACACCGCAUAGGUCACUCCCGACCACCACUCCCCGACCGACCUCGACCCCGGCUAAUCCUGCUCCUAAGAAGGGGAGAAAGAGGACAAGAAUGGGUGAGGAGGAAGAAUCCUUCCAUGCAAACAUGAAUGCUUUUAUGAAGGAUACCUCCAGCCAUAUGGGGGCAAUGGUGAACUCAGUUGGGUAUGAACGACACCUAUCGGAACGUCGACAGAACGUUCAGAACGAGCUCGGGAAGCUUAAUAUCACACUUACACAAAAAUUCAAGUUAAGUGCUGUUAUUUGUGAAGAGGAACAAAGGGUGGACAACUUCUAUGGGUGUAAAGAGGAGGAAAGGCAAGAAUAUAUUGAGGUCAUCCUUAAUGUCCAGUGCAAUGUGCAAGUAUCACAGCUUUCUGUUUAUGCUGUUGCUGCUGGUGUUUCAAUUGCUAUGUUAAGUGAGUGUGUGUUACAGUUUUCUGCUGUUACCAUGCUAUUCUAUUCUGUUGGAGGACAGUUUUCUGCUUAUGAAGUGAUGUUUUCUACAUUGACCAUGCAGUUUUCUGCUGUACUGUCGAUUUAUAAUCCCACUUCUCAAGUGGCUUUGGAUUUAAAACCAGUGGGGCAGAUUUUUGGUUCAAGCUUGUGUGUACAGCAGCAGGUUUUUGGUUCAAAAAUUUUGAGGUUUGAAUACAGUUUUACUGCACAUUGCUAUGCAAGUGCAACAUCUGCUACUGCUCUAUGUGUGUGUGUGUCCAAACUGCAGUUUUAA